AUGGACAUGCCUUUCGAUCUUUCGCAAAACAAAGCCAAGCAGACGGCCGAGAACUGUCUAGAAUACAGAUCAAACUUCAAGAACGACGCUGCGAUUAACGAGCCUCUUGAUCUUCGCAUUUCCUACAAAAAGAAAUUAAUGAUUGUGGAGCGAGAAGCUCAGCAGAAGCAGUUGUUUGGAUCUGUAGAUAAACUUAGGGAAGUUCAUAAGUCGCGCUUAUUUCGGUAUUUUGAUAGGCCUAAUGAAUCUUGGCAGAAACACUUAUUUCGGUCUGUUGAUAGGCCUAAUGAACCUUGGCAGGAACACUUAUUUCGGUCUGUUAAUAGGCCUAAUGAGCCUUGGCAGAAACACUUACUUGGAUCUCUAGACAGGCCUAGUGAAGCCCAGAAGCCACACUUGUUUGUAUCUGUAGACAGACCCAAACCUCGAAACUUUCAUUCGGAAGAAACACUUGACCCUCAAUCUCUGUCAACCCUAUCAGAUGUAACAUAUCAACAUCCCCUUCAUCCUACGUACCAAACCCAGCAUCAGAAUGCACUCUUCAAAGACGUACCAAACAAUAUGAUUUCUUCCUUUCUACCACGCUAUCCUUUUCUUGGAUCGCUGUUUAAUAACCCUUCGUCGAUCGAAUUUGUUAGAGCACACAUGGAUAACCUGGGAAAUCCCAUUCCAGAUCUGCUGCAGCCCCAACCCAGCAAAGGUAAAGAUCGUUAUACCUGUAAGUUCUGUGGAAAGCUGUUUCCUCGAUCUGCAAACCUAACUCGCCAUCUUCGUACUCAUACUGGAGAACAGCCGUACAAGUGCAAUUACUGUGAGCGAUCUUUCAGCAUUUCUUCGAACCUUCAACGUCACGUCCGUAACAUUCAUAAUAAAGAAAAGCCCUUCAAGUGUUCGCUAUGUGACCGUUGUUUUGGGCAGCAGACUAAUUUGGAUCGCCAUCUUAAGAAGCACGAAUCAGAUGGUCCAACAAUCCUGGAUGAUUUUCCAAAAACUCAUAGCGUGCAGCACAAGAAUGAGAAAUGUUUUGCAGAUAUUCGUAAUUUGAUCGGGAAAGUAAAGGAAAACACUUCUGAAGAAGCAAGGAAUGUGGCGACAUUACAAUCUACUUUUAGUAUGGUAAAUCAGAUGAGCAGGCAGGCGAUUUCAUCAUCUCCAACGCAUAAUAACUCGACUUCUCAGCUGGAACUAUCGCCAGGAAGAGACAGUCUGUGUACGGAAAGUUCAGUGAAGAAAACAAGGCUAGAUUCUGGAGGUGAUUCUCCUUUAUCCACAACAACUUCAUCAUCAAAGAGCUCAGUUUUAACAGCAUGCGAAUUAGAAAACGAUGACGGAAGAAGUUCGCCUCGCUUGAGCACAGAUGAUGGCGAGAUUGUCUCGCAGAAACAGAACAAAAUAUCCAGUAAGCUGAAUGGCUCAGUGACUCUACGUUUAAAGAUACCCUCCCAAGCUCAAAACAUUGACAAUAAUGAUUCGAGAAGUAGUAGAGAUGAAUUCGAAUAUCAAGAGGAUAAUGACAGAAACAGAGAAACAACAACAUAA